UUCAUUUCUCUUCCCACUUUCCACUUUCCACUCCGAUUCUGCACUUUCUGUUUGGUUCCCGAGAAAAUCCAUCACAGAAACCCACAGAAAAAUCCCAUCUCCAGAAACCCAUUUCAUUUCAGAUUAAAAAAAAAACAUGGCGUUCCAGAAAGAUCUCAACUUGGACGCAACCGAGCUCCGGUUGGGCCUGCCGGGAACAUCGCCGGACGAUCAAACUUCUCCGAUCACCCGAAUCUGCACCAACAAAAGAUCUCUCCCGUCCGACGACCAUAAACCGCCGGAACCCAAAAGAGAAAACAACAACUCCGAUCCCCCUCCGACCAAGGCUCAGGUUGUGGGGUGGCCGCCGGUGAGAUCUUACCGGAAGAAUUGUUUUCAGACGGCGAAGAAGAAGGAUGAGGCGGCGGCGGCGAUGUUCGUAAAAGUGAGCAUGGAUGGAGCUCCUUUUCUGAGGAAAGUUGAUCUCAAGAUCUAUGAAGGAUAUCCUGAGCUUCUUCAAGCUUUGGAGAACAUGUUCAAGUUCUCUUUAGGGAAGUUUUGUGAGAGAGAGGGCUACAAUGGGUCGGAAUUUGUUCCAACUUAUGAAGAUAAAGAUGGCGAUUGGAUGCUCGUCGGAGAUGUUCCAUGGGAAAUGUUCAUAAACUCAUGCAAGAAGCUUCGGAUCAUGAAAGGAUCAGAAGCCAAAGGCUUGGGCUGUGGAACACCGUGAAGAAGACAAAGAAGACGACGACGAAGAUAUGAAAGAGAUCAAGAGAGAGAUCUUCAGAAACUGUGAAAAAAGUUGAUUAUUCCUCAAAGGGCAGCCAUGGAUUUCUUCGCCGGAGCUCUCUCCGCCGCCCGCCCUCUCGUCCGAUGAUCGGACCAAAUUCCUCCUGUAAAUUCAAUGAGAGAGAGAUGUAUAGCUUUUGAGAGAGAGGGAAAAAGAACUCAAAAGAAUAAGGGACAAGAUCAAUUUGUGUGUUUGAUGAUUAUUCAUAAUUAAAUUCUUUGUGGGAUGAUAAUUCAAAUAUAGUAUAUUGGGAAUUAUAUGUAACCCCAAAGAAUUUGUAUAUGUGAGAUAUAUAUGAUCACCACUUACAAAAGAAGGGUUUUAUUUUCCUUCCUUUUUGAAA